GUUUCAAUAGCGGGUGUUUAUCCCCCCCUCCCCUCUGCACGUGCCAGGUUAGGGCUUGCCAAAGUUUUUGAUUGGGGUUCCAGCGGCUUCCACAUUUAUCUACCCAUGUGCCUGAUAGGUGCCUUUUUAUUGUGGUGGGCUUGAUGUUCGGGGGACUCUUUAUGGCCGGUGGACAGGAAGUCCCACAAAUCCUCCAUAAAUUAUUCUUUCUCUGCCUGCUUCCACCCAUCGUCUUAGAUGCUGGCUACUUCCUGCCCAUCGAACCCUUACUAGAGAACCUGGGCAGAGUUCUGUUAUUUGGCUUUGUGGGUUCCAUUUGGAAUGCCCUCUUUGUUGGGGGCAUUCUUUAUGGAGUGUGUAAGAUUGGCACAGGCAGUACUGUACUUACCAACACAGGUCUACUGCAGUGCCUGCUCUUUGGAUCCAUCACAUCAGCAGUGGAUUCUGCUGCUGUAUUUGAGAAGAUCCAAAUGAAAGAAAUCUUGCACAUCCUGCUGUUCGGCGAGUCAAUCCUGAGCGAUGCUGUAGCUGUGGUAUUGUAUCGUCUUUAUCAGGAAUUUUAUGUUACUGCCUCAGUGACAUUCCUGAAGAUCUUCCUGGGAGUCAUCGCUUUCAGUUUAGCUGGACUGGGUGGCAUCCUAGUUGGAUCUUGCUACGGCAUCCUCACUGCCUACACCACACGCUUCACCUCCAAUACGGGCAUCGUUGAGCCUCUUGUGGUUUUUUCGUAUUGGAACAUGGCCUACCUGUCAGCUGAGAUGUUCAACCUCUCUGGCAUCAUUGCGCCUAGGUGGCACUGGUGCGUCUAACAUUUUUUUCUUUGGUGCACCAGCACAAAACUUAGGUGAUCCAACGGAUUUUCUCUGUAUCUUCUUUUACUGUUUACUGUAUGUAUCUACCCGUGUGACACAUCGACAGCACAACUGAUCAGUUGAGCUGACUUCUCAUCUGAUCAGUUGUGCUGUCUUGGUCC